AUGACCUCUAUCUUAGCACCCAAGAACUCCCUUCUGGAAACACAGCAGCUGCCAGUCGAGAUCACAACUACCCUCUCAACAUCGGCGUACAAUACGUCAACACAGCUGUUGAGUCAACAGCCAGAAAACCCCUUUACCGAUGGUGGUGGUGACCAGCAUGCUGGCUGUGACAAUGCCAGGUUAGAGAUGUCAAACAACGUAGGCGAUGAACCUGCAACCACAACGCGGUCCGGUAAGAAACGCAAGAUCGACCAUGGCCCUCAAACACCUGUGGAGUCGGUCUUUGAGCGGCGGCUGGCCUGUCCGUAUCUGAAAUAUGAUCCACACACGUACGGACAGAGAAAAGGCUGCCGCGGGUCAGCUUACGAUACUGUCCAUAGAAUGAAAGAGCACCUGUACCGAACGCACCAGCAGGAACCACACUGCAGCCGCUGUGGGGAGACGUUCGAUGAAGACGAAGACGUUGCAGAGCACCGGCGCUUGGAAGUCUCUUGCGAGCUUAAUGAAGCGGUUUCUGUUGAGGGCUUCAAUGCAUCUCAGCUGAAAAAGCUGAAGGGCAAGAGAUACCCACCAGAAGUCAAGUCAGAAGAGGACAAGUGGAGGCAUGUGUAUGGGAUUCUCUUCCCGAACAGUGACAAGAUGCCUGAUCCGUUCUAUCAGCUCUUCAUUGAUGGAGUUACCUGCGGAUCUGGCCCUGUGCCAGCGACUCAGCGCGGGACCUGGCCCCAAUUCACGCAAGGCGUCCCCUCACUCCUGGAAGAAACCAUUUGUGAAUUGGUUGAGAAGGCACUUGGAAAGAGAUUCAGCAGUGUGGAGCGUCGAAGGGUCGAGGAUGCUUUGAAGGGGUCAGAUGUGAUGAUGACCUGGCAGCCUCGGGAAAUGGCGGCGGCAGCGGAAGCGAGCGAGGCGUCCAAAUCAGAAUCACCAGAGGUAGAAGCCACUGGUCACUCGGACACCUCGGAACGAGACCCACGCCCAGCCGAGUCGACUCGAAGCACGCAACCGACCGAAGCCGCCCAGUCAAUCGCCAUGCCAGCAAUAUAUACCUCGGAUGGGUUGUUGGAAGGCUCUUCAGACACGGUACCUCCAAUGUUCGAUGCGCAACAGUCUUCUUUCAACAUGGAAGGAAUGAAUGCUGGCAUCAACUUUGGAGGUUGGUACCCGCCGUUGCAUAACGCGACCAGCCGGAACUGGAUCUGGACGAACGACGGAAAUCAACUUGGGUCGUCUUUCGGAGGGAACAGCGACCUUUUUUACGCACAGGGCUUCGCCAGUUUUGGUACGCAGGCCAAUGGAGUCAUCGCAGAGUCUUUUGUCGCACCUGAUCCGCUGAUGGAGAAUUCGUUUCCGUUGAUGGAGAACCCGCUGAUGGAGAAUCAUCAGGCAGGGGCUCCUGCUCCUGGACCAUGGUACCAUAUGUAA